UGCGAGGUGUGCAACUACUCCACCACCACCAAAGGCAACCUCAGCAUCCACAUGCAGUCCGACAAGCACCUGAACAACGUGCAGACGCUGCAGAACGGCGGCGUGGAGCCCGGCGUCUUCAACCACGCCGCGCCCGUGGUGCCCAGCAGCGCCAGCCUGGCGGCGGCGUGCCAGGCGGCAGCGGCGGCGGCGGCGGCCAGCUCGCCCUCGCCCUCCAAGCCCAAGCAGAAGCCCACGUGGCGCUGCGAGGUGUGCGACUACGAGACCAACGUGGCGCGCAACCUGCGCAUCCACAUGACCAGCGAGAAGCACAUGCACAACAUGAUGCUGCUGCAGCAGAACAUGAAGCAGAUCCAGCACAACCUGCACCUGGGCCUGGCGCCCGCCGAGGCCGAGCUCUACCAGUACUACCUGGCGCAGAACAUCGGGCUGACCGGCAUGAAGCUGGAGAGCGCCGCGUCCGAGCAGCAGCAGCAGAUGAUGAUGAGCCCCUUCCAGCUCGACCCCGCCACGGCCGCCGCUCUCGGGCCCAGCCUUGUAAAUAAUGAGGUGCCGGUGGAGUUCCGUCUGGCGAGCGGUCAGCUAAUGGGUGACGACCUGUCGGUGCUGUCGGCCGGCGAUCUGUCGUCCUGCAUCAGCGACCCGCAGCUGAAGCUCUUCCAGUGCGCCGUGUGCAACCGCUUCUCCUCGGACAGCCUGGAGGCCCUGAGCGUGCACGUGAGCGCCGAGCGCGCCCUCCCCGAGGAGGAGUGGCGGGCGCUCAUCGGCGACGUCUACCAGUGCAAGCUCUGCAACUACAACACGCAGCUCAAGGCCAACUUCCAGCUGCACUGCAAGACGGACAAGCACAUGCAGAAGUACCAGCUGGUCGCUCACAUCAAGGAGGGCGGCAAGGCCAACCAGUGGAGGCUAAAGUGCAUCGCCAUCGGCAACCCCGUGCACCUGAAGUGCAACGCCUGCGACUACUACAGCAACAGCGUGGAGAAGCUGCGGCUGCACACCACCAACCAGCGGCACGAGGCGGCUCUCAAACUCUACAAGCACUUGCAAAAACAAGAGAGCGCGUGUAGCUCGGAGUCCUGCCUGUACUACUGUGCCCUGUGCGACUACUCCACAAAAGCCAAGCUCAACCUGGUGCAGCACGCCCGCUCGGUCAAGCACCAGCAGAGCGAGGGUCUGCGCAAGCUGCAGCUGCACCAACAGGGCCUGCCACCAGACGAGGACAGCCUGGCCGACCUCUACUUCGUCAAGGACUGCCCGCCCACCUCCGAGCCUGGUGUGAUUUCCUUGGCUAAAGAGACUCUUGGCUCAACCUCCAUCGGGAAGCAUUCCCUUCUGCAGGAGAAAGAAAAUGCCACACCGCCCAAGAGGCCCAAGUCGGCUGAGGAGAAGACACACACCAAUGAGCAGGUGCAGCAGUGUCCCUACUGCAACUACAGCAGCAAGGACGCCAACCGUCUACAGCUGCACAUCAUGUCCCAGCAUUCCAUGCAGCCAGCGAUCUGCUGCCCCCUGUGCCAGGAUGUGCUUAGCAACAAGAUCCACCUGCAGCUCCACCUGACCCACCUUCACAGCGUGGCCCCAGACUGUGUGGAGAAGCUGCUCAUGACUGUGGCUGGGCCAGAUACACCCAAUAGUAUGGUGUUGCCUGGAGCAGACAAAGUCCCAUCUCUGAUGGAGUCUGUUAUGCCAGAAGGGUCUGGAAAGUCCAUAGGUAACAUCGCAAAGGAUAUCAAGAAUAGCAACUCACAAGAGAAGAGUGAGCGAGAUCUUAUGAACGAACUCAAGCCCCCUAAAGAGGCCUCAGAAGCCCCUGACUGGAAGAAAGCUAGCGGGCAAGACUUGAAGAUGCCAGAUACCCUCCAGGACCUCAGCGACCUGCAGAAGCGUCAGCAGCUCUCGGUCUCCGAUCGCCACGUGUACAAGUACCGCUGCAACCACUGCAGCCUGGCGUUCAAGACCAUGCAGAAGCUGCAGAUCCACUCGCAGUACCACGCCAUCAGGGCAGCCACAAUGUGCAGUCUGUGCCAGCGCAGCUUCCGCACCUUCAUGGCCCUCAGGAAGCAUCUGGAGACCGGACAUCCAGAGCUGAGUGAAGCCGAGGUGCAACAGCUCUGUGGCAGCCUUCCCAUCAAUGGAGACAUCACUGAGAGUGAAGCCAGGGCUCUGGAGGAAGGCCACAUGUUUGACCAAGACAUGGACAAAGACGAUGAGCUAGACCAGGAAGGGAAAGCCAGCCCGACUGGAAGCGACAGCAGCUCUCUGCUUGACGAUAUGGGCUCGGAACCAAAGCGCACGCUGCCUUUCCGGAAAGGUCCGAAUUUCACCAUGGAGAAGUUCCUGGAUCCCUCCCGUCCAUACAAGUGCACAGUGUGCAAGGAGUCUUUCACCCAAAAGAACAUUCUUCUGGUACACUACAACUCUGUCUCGCACUUGCACAAGCUCAAGAAAGUUCUUCAAGAAGCUUCGAGCCCCAUCCCCCAGGAGACUACCAACAAUGUUGACAACAAACCCUUCAAGUGUAACAUCUGUAACGUCGCCUACAGCCAGAGCUCGACUCUAGAGAUUCACAUGAGAUCUGUGCUUCACCAGUCAAAAGCCAGAACUGCCAAGAUGGAGAGCAGCAGCGGUGGUAACACCAGCAGCAGCAUGGGAAGUGGCCCCAGUGGAUCUGUGCCUGCGAACAGCCCUGUUCCAGUCAGCCAGGCCAACUCAGACUCCUCCAGCCACCCAGCAUCCAGCAGUAACAGUAACAAAGACAACACUGCGGACACGAAAGAAGCAGUCAACCUGAAGCAAACUACUGACCACAUGCAGGCCAGCCACCAGCAGGCUCAGUCCUCAGCUCAGCUCCAGAUGCAGCUGCAGCACGAGCUCCAGCAGCAGGCUGCCUUCUUCCAGCCGCAGUUCCUGAAUCCGGCCUUCUUCCCCCACUUCCCCAUGACUCCCGAGGCUCUGCUGCAGUUCCAGCAGCCCCAGUUCCUGUUCCCCUUCUACAUCCCUGGUGCCGAGUUCAACCUCAGCCCUGAACUUGCGCUCCACUCGGCUGCAGCUUUUGGGAUGCCAGGCAUGACGGGGCCGUUCCUGGAGGACCUGAAGCAGCAGAUGCAGCAGCAGCACCAGCUUGGCCAGCAGCUUCAGCUGUCCCAGCAGCAGGCCCAACAGCAGCAGCAGCAGCAACAGCAACAGCAGCAGCAGCAGCAGCAACAGUCCUCUCAGUCCCAGCUUCAGCAGCAACAACAGCAGCAGAAAGCUCAUCAGCAGCACAGCCACAGGUCAAAGAUGGAGUCUGUCAACAGCCUGUCCAACUCUGAAAUGCAGAUGUCCAAAGAGGCUGAAGAGCAUCUCGAAAAACAUGAGAAUAAAGCCAAACAAGAGAGCAUGAAUGAUGUGGACGGCACAAAGGAAAACAGCAAAGAUCCCAAAAAGCCCAAAUUCUCAGAGCCACUUAUCCCCCCACCUCGAAUCGUGUCAGGUGCGAGGGGCAACGCUGCCAAAGCCCUUCUGGAGAACUUUGGGUUUGAGCUGGUGAUUCAGUACAAUGAGAACCGGCAGAAGAGUCAGAAGAAGAUUAAAGUUGGAGAAGAGGAGGUCGUCGUCAGUGAUAAGCUGGAAUGUGGGGCAUGCGGGAAGUUGUUCUCCAACAUGUUGAUUCUCAAGAGUCACCAGGAACACGUCCAUGGUCAGUUCUUUCCCUACCUAGAGCUGGAGAAGUUUGCCCAACAAUACAGAGAAGCUUAUGAUAAGCUCUACCCAAUUAACCCAUCCUCUCCAGAACCUCCUCCUCCACCUCCUCCUCCACCACCCCCACCACCUGCUCCAGUCACCUCCCUGCCAACACCUAGCAGUUCAGGAGUAAAGACACAGACUCCAUCCCCAGCUCCUCUGCAGGCUCCUCAGCCUCCUCCACCACCACCACCUCCUCCAAGACCUCCAAGUGCGCCUCCUCCAGUCCAGAUGCCCGUCUCCCUGGAUUUGCCCAUGUUUUCCCCACUGAUGAUGCAGUCUGUACAGCACCCUGGGCUGCCGCCACAGCUUGCACUACAGCUGCCUGGCAUGGACUCUCUCUCCUCCAACCUCACACAGCUGUGCCAAUCACAGCUGGGAUUGGAUCCAAACUUCCUGCACCAGUCACAGUUCAAGCGACCACGCACCCGCAUUACUGACGAUCAGCUGAAGAUCCUGCGGGCCCACUUUGACAUCAAUAACUCUCCCAAUGAGGAGCAGAUACAGGAUAUGGCUGAGAAGUCCGGUCUCCCCCAGAAGGUCAUCAAGCACUGGUUCCGCAACACCCUCUUCAAAGAGAGGCAGCGAAGCAAGGACUCCCCUUACAACUUCAACAUUCCACCCAUGACCACCUUGGAGGACCUCAGACUUGAGUCUCAGAUGAACGCAUUGGAGUACUACAGGUCUGACGCCACCCUAAACAAGCGGUCAUCCAGGACUCGCUUCACUGACUACCAGCUGAGGGUCUUGCAAGACUUUUUUGAUACCAAUGCCUACCCUAAAGAUGAUGAGAUCGAACAGCUCUCCACUGUGCUCAACCUGCCAACCCGUGUGAUUGUUGUUUGGUUUCAGAAUGCUCGUCAGAAGGCUCGUAAGAGCUACGAGAACCAGGCUGAUUCAAAAGACAAUGAGAAGAAAGAACUGACCAAUGAGCGUUACAUCAGAACCAGCAACAUGCAGUACCAGUGCAAGAAAUGCAACAUUGUUUUCCCCCGCAUCUUUGACCUGAUCACACACCAGAAAAAGCUGUGCUACAAAGAUGAAGAUGAGGAUGUCGGAGAUGACAACCACUCCGAGGACUACAUGGAUAACAGUGACGGGGGCUCCUCAAAGCAGACUGAGUCCCAAAGACUGCCCCAAGGGACAGCCACAAGUUCUGGGUCCAGCUCUCCACUAAUGCCCUCACCGCGACCUGACGUGGAGAAGUCCUCGCCAAAACCUGAACCGACCAUUGAGAAACCAAAGCUGGCCGAGACUCUCCCUUCACAAGCGGCAAAGGCACUAGCUGACCCGAGACCCUCCAAAGCUUCGACUCCUCAGCCUCCACCACACAAGUCCCAUCAACCCCCUAUUACAAGGCCCCACUCCCAACCACAGUCAGCGGCUGUCCCAUCCAGCCCCCUGUCCAUGACCCUGCCCUCUCUGGCGAGCAGCCUACCUCCUCAGAUGUUACAGUACCAGUGUGACCAGUGCAAAAUUGCAUUCCCAACAGUUGAGCUAUGGCAGGAGCAUCAACACAUGCACUUCCUUGCUGCUCAAAACCAGUUCCUGCACUCGCAGUUCCUUGAAAGGCCUCUGGACAUGCCCUAUAUGAUCUUUGAUCCAAAUAAUCCUCUGAUGACCAGCCAGUUGCUCUCAGGGGCUCUGUCUCAGUUGCCCUCCCAAAGUUCUGCUUUAGCCUCCAUGCCUGGCUCUGGUCCCCUGAAACGCAAACUAGAUGAUAAAGAAGACAGUUCCAAUGACAAAGAUAGUGGGAAUAGUGGUGAAGAUCAACACAGAGACAAACGUCUCAGAACCACUAUCACCCCGGAGCAAUUAGAGGUACUCUACGAGAAGUACUUGCUAGAUUCAAACCCAACACGGAAGAUGUUGGACCACAUAGCCCAUGAAGUGGGCCUGAAAAAACGAGUGGUGCAGGUCUGGUUUCAAAACACGAGAGCAAGAGAGCGAAAAGGUCAGUUCAGAGCGGUCGGCGCAACCCAGGCCCACAAGAAAUGUCCUUUUUGCAGAGCACUCUUCAAGGCCAAAUCGGCUCUUGACAGUCACAUACGCUCACGCCACUGGCAUGAGGCUAAACAGGCAGGCUUUAGUCUGCCCCCUAGUCCUAUGAUGUCUCAAGAAGAUGGAGCUGAGAGCCCUAACAAGUGCAGUUUUUUUGAAUACCCGCAGCUGCCCACAAAGACCGAGGUGAACGACUAUGAAAUGCCAACUGCAUCCUCCACCCCAGUCAAACCAUCUGAGUCACUACAAAAAAACUUUUUGAGCCCUUCAUCCUUUAAAGCAGAAAACAGUGAUGAAUUUGAAGGGCUCCAUUUAAAUUCUGCCGAAGUCUACAGUGAAACCAACAAAACUGACUUUGAUGAGACUUCAUCCAUCAACACAGCCAUAAGCGACGCCACAACUGGAGAUGAGACCAACAAUGAAGUAGAAAAUCUCACGGCGAAUGGGGGUGAUAAGAUGAGUGAUUCCAAACUGAUGUUGUCAUCCAACACUGAGGCUUAUGAUGACAGGUUCCCAUUUAGCAUGGUGAGCCCUGCCUUGAGUUUCUCCAAGGACAGUGAGUACUACUUCAGCGUGAGAGACGAUGACCUAGAUGAUAACGCUGACAGGAGUGAAUCCUCAAGCUUAACUGAUCCAAGCUCGCCCAGUCCAUUUGGAAGUACUAAUCCUUUCAAGAGCUCCAAAGGUGGUGGAGACAGACCGGGCCACAAGCGGUUCAGAACCCAGAUGAGCAACCUGCAGCUGAAGGUCCUCAAGGCUUGUUUCAGCGACUACCGCACACCCACCAUGCAGGAGUGCGAGAUGCUGGGCAAUGAGAUAGGACUCCCAAAGCGCGUUGUGCAAGUCUGGUUCCAGAAUGCCAGAGCAAAAGAGAAGAAAUUCAAAAUAAACAUUGGAAAGCCAUUCAUGAUGAGUCAGAGUUCCCCUGAUGGACCUAGACCAGAGUGUUCUCUGUGCGGUGUGAAGUACACCGCAAGACUUUCCAUUCGUGACCAUAUCUUUUCUAAGCAGCACAUUGCGAAAGUGCAAGAAACCCUGGGCAACCAAGUGGACAGAGAAAAGGACUACCUAGCACCGACCACUGUUCGCCAGCUCAUGGCGCAACAAGAACUUGACCGUUUAAAGAAGGCAAGCGACGUCCUCAGUAUGCCAGCUCAGCAGUCUGCAGUGGACAGCAACACGCUCCAUGGCCUUAGCCUGCCCACUGGCUAUCCAGGAGUGUCCGGCCUGCCGCCAGUGCUCCUUCCUGGUGUCAAUGGCCCGUCAUCCCUUCCAGGUUUUCCACCAAAUACACCUGCUUUAGCGUCUCCUGGUGCUGGCAUGCUUGGGUUCCCUACUCCAGCCACCCCCUCUCCUGCCAUGUCACUCAGCAGUGCCCCAUCCAAGAACCUUCUGCAGACUCCUCCACCUCCUCCUCCUCCUCCUCCUCCUCCACCUCCUCCUCCUCCUCCUUCUGUUCCUCCCACUCCUUUGACAGUCAGUCAGACUGAGCAGCAGCAGCAGCAGCAGCAGCACAACAAAGAUCUCGUGAAAGACAAGAAGUUGGAAAAGCAGAUGAAGGUCAAGGAAAGACAAGGUGACUCUGUCACCGCCCAUGCCGCUGCCGGCUCCCAGGCCCCAAGUGUGAGGAAAAGAGAAAAGGCCCCCCAGACAGCGCUUAAGGGAAAAGUCGGAGGCGAGGUGUCAAUGGACCCAGCACAACUGCAAGCACUUCAGAAUGCCAUCGCUAGUGAUCCGAGCUCCUUCCUGGGGGGACAAUUCUUGCCUUACUUCAUCCCUGGCUUUGCAUCCUGCUUCUCACCACAGCUUCCCGGCGGAGUACAAGGUGGAUACUUUCCUCCACUGUGCGGAAUGGAGAACCUUUUCCCCUAUGGACCGGCCAUGCCCCAGACCAUCGCUGGCCUCUCCCCAACUGCCAUACUCCAGCAGUACCAACAGUAUCAGCAGACCCUCCAGGAUUCCUUGCAGAAGCAGCAGCAGCAGCAGCAGCAGCAGCAGCAACAACAACAACAACAUCACCAUCAUCAUCAUCAUCAACAACAACAACAGCAGCAGCAGCGGAAAACACCCCCCAUGAAGUCACAGAGUGCACAGAGCAACUUCAAACCAAAAGAGGCUAAGCAAACUAAGGAUGAUAACAAAGGCUCUUCAACCGAAAGCACAAAAGCAGAACCACAAACCGAUACCAAAAGUUCAGACUUUCCAGAUCCUUUUAUUGUUCCGUCCAUCAAACACGAGUUUAUAUGCAGAAAGUGCCAGAUGAUUUUCGCUGAUGAAGACUCCGCUGUCCGCCAUCAGAAGUCCUUCUGUUACUUCGGUCAUCCUUUUUCUGACCCGCAAGAGACAGUGCUUCGUAAGGCAGUGAGCAAGUACAGUUGUGUAGCCUGCGACGUGGCUGUGAGUGGAAAUGAAGCACUUGGCCAACACCUUCAGUCGAGCUUGCACAAAGAGAAAACAAUCAAACAAGCAAUGAGAAAUGCCAAAGAGCAUGCUAGAUUAUUACCUCACUCUGUCUGCUCCCCUAACCCUAACACGACAUCUACCUCGCAGUCUGCAGCUUCUUCUAAUAACACCUUCCCUCAUCUCUCUCGCUUGUCCAUGAAGUCCUGGCCAAAUAUCCUUUUCCAGGCUUCAGCCAGGAAAGCUGCUUCUUCUACUUCCCCAUCUGCUUCUCCCCCUCCCCUUUCCUUGCCUUCAACGGUUACCUCAACUUCCUGCACCACCUCAGGGGCUCGGACCUCACUACCCACCGAGAGUUGUUCAGACGAGUCUGACAACGAGUUAAGCCAGAAGUUGGACGACUUAGAUAACUCGUUGGAAGUCAAGGCAAAAGCCGCCUCUGGCCUUGAUGGCAAUUUCAGUAGUAUGAGAAUGGAUAUGUUCAGUGUGUAGGAGUGAAAACAGGAUCCCUUGCUUAAAGAAAAAAAUAAGACUUUAAACUGCAGUUCCAAAGUUUCUCUAACCCAAAAAAUUACAGUACCAAAAGAUUGACUCAGGAUUGUUUUUCCCAUAUUGAUAUGCUGGCAAGAUAUUGAUUGAUUUUUGUUAUGGACAGAACUGUUGCAGAUGCUUGACUGAGCUUUUAUUGUAUACAAAAAUACAUGGAGUAGGAGAAAAUCUCACAAGUUCUUUUGGAGCUUGUUUCAAGCCAAAAACUCUCACGAUAGCAAAUUGCACCUCAGCUGGAUUGAUUUCCAAAUGCUAGCAUGUACUGUAUGGGAUGAUGAUCCAGAACUUUCCAAGAGAAUUUCUCUUAGUUUAGUUAGGUGUAAUCUGUAGCUUUAAAUUCUCAGGUCAGAUCAUAACAUGUCUCAUUUGUUAAAGCAGCAAGAAGCCUGGUGACACGUGGCUUUUAACCAAAACAUGUCAAGCUUUAUUGGACGCAUUUUCUUGAUGUGUGUAGUGUACCAUACCAACAGACAAUAUUACUGUUACAGGACAAAACACGUAUUCUUUUAGUUUGCCCUACAAAACAGUAUGGUUUUACCACUGAGGGAGUUUAGAAUGGUGAAGUGAUGUGCCCCUGUGUUUUCCAGUUUGUAAUUACCACAAGCUGUAUUUUUACCCAACCUUCUUUGAUUUCUUGUAGAUUAUACUAUUCUGUGCCAACUCUUACCUUCUCACUUUUACCUCUGCUCAUGCCCUUUUCUGAAGAGGUAAUAAUUCUAGUUUUGAUAGACUCUUGAGGAUUAUGUGAAUAAGACAUUUUUUCAUUUGUGAAUUGCUAUACUGUUACGGUACUUGCUUGUGUCUGGACUCUAGUGCACUUAUUUUAAUUUUGUUUGAUUUUUUUUUAUUAUUAUUUUGGUAGGUCAUGUGUUAAUUUAAUAGACAUUUGGUUUUGUUUGUUUAAUUGUUUGUUUGUUUGUUUGUCCGUUCAUUUGUUUGUUUGAAUUAUUAUUUGUGUGUAGUGCAGCAGCAUAAUGGUCAACAUUUGUUAGACGUUUAACAACCUAACAAUCCAGAGACCUGUUUAAACAAUUGGUGCAUUCAUGAAAGUAGUACUGUAUACUUGAACCUGUUAAAAUACAAGUUGGACAAAAUAUAAAAAAAGAAAAACAAGGUAUGAGUAUUUGCUUCAUGUAAGCAAAUAAGCUGCUUUAAAAAAGGGGGACUAAAGCAUUUUGUUUUGUAUAAUGAAAAGAUUUUCCCUGUGCUUAUAGGACUGAAUACAGUGUUAACCCUGUACACUGCCAUUUAAUGAAUAGGUAAUUGUACUUCCAUUACUGCUCUGGGCACUUCAGUUUUCCUGUUGUCAUGAGAAUUGAACUUUUCUGUUUGCCAUCAUAUUUAGUCAUAUAUGCAUUACGAAGUAUUAUCUUAUAACAACGUUUUGCUGCUACAGUGUAAUGUUAUUUUGCUUGCCAUAAAUUCUCAACCUUCUACCAGACAGAAUACUGAUUCAUGAAUUGCUUUGCUUUGCUGUUUUUCCUGUUUUGUUUUAUUUUAUUUUAUUUUUAUUUUUUUUGCUGUGGAACUCAAAGAAUGUGAAAGCUGUCAAGGGUGUUCAAUUUUUACGAAUCACUUUCUUGUUUGGUAACGUAGGACAAUGUGAUUCAUUCCAAAGCGACAGAAGGCUAUUUGUAUGAAAGUAAAUGGCUUGUGAACAAAGAAAGCUAAGCUGUUGUACAUAUUCGUAGUUGGCUGUGCAUGGUACAAAUUUAUUAAUAUGAAGAAAUGCAAAAUGUAUUGCUUUUGGUAUUCCUAUUCUGAGAUGAACAAGUAGCAUGUAAUGCAGCUGUAUGACAGGUUAAAUCAAAUCAUGCUUAAAAUUGUUUCAAAUGAUGAAAUCAAGUAACAUUUCAUUUUACUUUUUAUUAUUGUACAGGUGUUUUCUUUUUGUUAAAGUUUAAACACAAAUGUCACAGUUUAUAAUUCUCUUUUAUGUGAACUUUUUAAUGUACUUAUUUGGGAUUUUUAGUAUUUUAACCUUUUAUUUUAAUCCUGAAGACACUUUUUGAUUGUGUUUCAUAAGAGACAUCCUGGCCUCCUAAGGUGCAAUCCUUGCCUGUGUACAAACACGAGUGACUGUCCUGAUUCCAAAGGCUUUUAGAAACCCCGGCUUUUGCCUUUCUCCUGUCUGUGGAUCAACAGUGCAAGACUGAGCUAUCGGCUAGCACCUCACGCAAACGGUGCUAGCCCAAAGCGGAAUACUUACCACACAGGGGUCUGGUAAAGCAACCCAACAGACACACCUAAAAGAAACAAAGAAAAGGAUGGUCCAAUAAUAUAACUGUACAUAAAUGUUGCAACUGCACAGCAGCCAAAAAAAGAAACCUUUUUACGGACGGAUAGUGUCAAGCAAAAGAGGACAGCCUUCUAAAGGUUGAAAUUUUAGGAUUGUUCUUCUGGAUAUCAAAGGGAUUAUCACGGCGCAAUCAUAUUCUUCACAAUAUGUACUCUUAACGCCUGGGUAAGAUAGCAACCACAACCUGAGGUUUUAUUCAAAAAAGAAGCCCCUAUGGCUAAAACUUUAAAUAAACUAAACCAAAAAUGUUAUUGAUGUUUUAUAUAUAGAGGGUAGUCUCAUUAGUUUUUGUUACUGUAAUGUUUGAGGUCUCAGCUGUACCGUAUUACGGUAAUAACAUGGUUUUGAAACUUUUUUUUUAUUUUGUCACAGACCUGUUGUCAUAGUUGAAAUGACGUUUAUUGUAGAUGGUAUUUGAACAACUUCUUCUGGAAAUAGUUCAUCAAGUAUGUUUGUUGCUCAUUGUUGUGAUACAUUAAAAACUGUAUCUGCGAACCAA